UGUGGGUCACCCCAUCCUUCUAUUAUAUUUGUCCAUGUACAAUUUUAACUUGCUGGCGGUCGUCGUCUCGUCUUUCCCAGAUUUGGAAAAUGAUGACGGGAACUCUACAGUUGGCUCUAGCAUUCUCAGCGGACCUCCUUCACCACCACCAUCAUCGCCGACCAUUGUUCCUGCCAUGGUGUGCCUUGAGUAAGAAGGGCCAUCGAUUCUUUACCUCUCUCGCCGCCGCAGCUGGAGACUCCGCUGCCGCUAAUCGGUUAAUACGAAAGUUCGUGGCCUCGUCAUCGAAGUCUGAUGCCCUCAACGCACUCUCUCACCUCAUCUCCUCCAACACCACUCAUUUCCAUCUCUCCUCUCUGGUACUCCCUAUGUAUAGAAGGAUCGCCGAAACCCCUUGGUUCAACUGGAACCCGAAAUUGGUCGCGAGUGUCAUUGCUUAUCUGGAUAAGCAAGGACAGCCUGAAGAAGCCGAAGCCCUGAUUUCCGAAUCCGUCCAGAAACUAGGGUUUCAGGAGCGAGAUGUCGCUCUCUUCUACUGCGACCUGAUUGAUUCCUACUCUAAACAGAGAUCAAGGAUUGGUGUUUUCGAGUCUUACGCUCGUCUGAAGCAACUUUUCUCGGACUCCAGUUCUUCUUUGAGUCGACGUGCUUACGAAACGAUCAUUUGUAGCCUUUGUUCGGUGGAUCUACCUCGUGACGCGGAGAAUAUGGUCGAAGAAAUGACAAUUUCAGGAUUCAAACCCUCUGCUUUUGAGUUCAGGUCUCUGGUGAGUGGAUACGGUAGAUUAGGAUUAUUCACGGAUAUGCGUAGAGUUCUUCGGAAAAUGGAGGAUGCUGGGUACUGUUUGGACACAAUUUGUUCGAAUAUGGUUCUUUCCUCGUUUGGAGCCCAUAGCGAGCUAUCGGAGAUGGCUUCAUGGCUUCGAAAAAUGAAGGAUUCUAACAUUUCCUUUUCGAUACGGACGUACAAUUCUGUCAUGAAUUCAUGCCCAACAAUCACGUCCUUGCUCAAAGACUUGAAGUUUGUCCCCCUUUCGAUGGAGGAUCUGAAAGGAAGGCUACAGAAAGAUGAAACCUUGUUGGUUGAACAACUAAUCGGAUCGUCUGUACUGAUGGAUGCCUUGAAAUGGUGCCCUUCGGAGGGGAAGUUGGAUUUACACGGAAUGCACUUGGCUACUGCUUAUUUGAUCAUGCUACAGUGGGUACAAGUUCUAAGAUCAAGGUUUAGUGCGGGAAAUUGGGUAAUUCCGACGGAGUUUAGGGUGAUAUGUGGAUCGGGAAAGCACAGCAGUGUGAGAGGGGAAUCGCCAGUGAAAGCCCUGGUUAAACAAAUGAUGGUUCGGAUGAAAAGUCCGAUGAAAAUUGAUCGGAACAAUGUGGGAUGCUUUGUUGGCAGAGGAAAGGCCGUGAGGGACUGGCUGUGUUGUAUUCACUAUGAUCUCUGAUUUCAAAUUCUUUUUCAGGUUCAAGAGUUUUUGUAUAGCCUAUUAGCCUGUUGAUAACAUUCACAGAAACUAAAGGUGGCUCCACUUACCAAAUCGAAUAGACUCAGUGCCGCAGUGGGUAGUUGGUAUUGCAGCCUUAGAGAGAUUGCUGUUCAAAAAAGCUUCAGAGUUCAUACUAAAGAUGUUUUUCGAUCUUGUUUAUAAGUUUUCUUCCGAUUAGCCAAUAAGAAAUGAAUGUCCAUUUGUUCACCACAAAUAUGAACAACUUUCUUCCAAAAUACCACUCACCUUAAGAUUGAUGAACAAGUAUCGAUACCUAGUAAUUCAUUGUAGAAUAGAAAUGAGGAGAUGGACUAUUUCCUUCAGAAUUUCUGUAAUGACCAAAUUACAUAAUUACAUUGAAAAUCCAAUCCAUUUCCAACAAUCCUAGCUCCGUCCUACCCACAAGCUUGGAAAUGGAGAGAAACAAACUUGUCGAAAA